AUGCAAUGCCACAUUACACACCAUCUCCAUUUCCCACCUCUCAUCUCCUAUCCGAUCCCUCAACUUUCAUCGCCAUUUCACCGUUUCAUUACAACCCUAUGUGCCCCAUGCAUUGUCUUUUCAGGACCGUACCUCCCUCCAUACCUCACCUCCUACUCGGACCCGGUGAAUCUGUUCCAGUCGGCUUCCUCUAACCCCAAUGGGUCCAUCUCCCUCUCCUCUGCAUCGACCAAUGCAUCAUGGGGAGCAGCCUUCAUACAGAGGCCCAUCACACUAUUCUUCUCUACCACCAAGAACAGGCGAGGGCCUGGCGUUUGUGGUGACGUCUGCUGCACCGCAGGGGCUGCUGCAGUGGGGGUGGGGCUGGGAGGGUUGGGGAAGCGGAGUGUGGCGGUGGAGUUUGACUCGGUGCUGAGUGUGAAGCACAGCGACCCCAACGACAACCACGUGGGCGUCAAUGUGGGCGGCUCACCUGUGUCCCUCGCCUCUGCCACGGCCCCUCUCAUCCUCAACGACGCCCACACCAAGCACGCCUGGAUCCACUACGACCCCACCAGUGCCGGCACCCUCCGAGUCUUCCUCUCAGCCUCCAGGCAGCAGCCGUCCAAGGCUGUGGUGACGGCGAGAGUGUCUCUGUGCACCGAACUCAAACCCACCAUUGGGGAUUCCUCCUUCCUCUUCGGCUUUUUGGCAGCCUCUGCUAACAACACGCAGAGGCACGACAUUAUUUGGUGGAACAUCGCCACGGGUAGUAAACUCGGGCAGGUGGCAUCAAAGGAAGAGGUCACAGCCUGCAGCGAGAUUGUUCCCUCUUCGUUCCACUAUGCCAGUCUAGCAUUCAUUCCCAAUGCGGAUGGGGUGCCUUCGUGGUCCCUCCCUUCCUUUGUCUCUUGGGUGCGGGAUGAGUCAACGUGGCCCGUGAAGAACCAGCAUGGAUGCGCUUGCACAAUGAAAAUCAUACUCUAUCAGCCUCCCAAACUAUUCGGUUAUCCUCUCUCCCCUGCUCAUCACAGCCCUCAAUUGUUCCCCUUCCCCCUCUUGAACACUCUCCUCCCCCACGGGCCUGCAGCCGACUCCUCAGCGUACGCGGUGGUGGCGGCUGUGGAGGCAGCCUACAGCAUCGCACGCAACUCCUAUAAUCCCCCCCAGCUGUCGGUGGACUAA